AUGACAAAAUGUAAGAAAUAUACAAUUACCUUAAUUUUUCGUGGCCACUUGGCCGAAGAACUAUAUUAUGGACCCUUUUGUCACAAUUGGUGGAUUUCGAGACCAUCAGAAAAAAUGAAUAAUCCUUGUCACUUUUACCCUAUUCGUAUCCAAUCUAAACUUUUAGUAACUAUAAAUGAACAUGAUUUUAUUAUUGAGGUUGGGCAAAUAGAAUCUGAAUUUGGACUGCAUCCAAGUUAUAUUUGUAAGUAUGACAGUGUUCAAAGCGAGAUUUGUAAGGCGCCUAGUAUGGCUAUUACAAUGGUAUAUCAAAAAAUUUUUCAAACAAAAACCAAUUUUUCAGGGCCAGAAGUUAUGGGUUACGAUACACCUGAAGUUGUUCAAGAGUACUUUCACGAAUUGCUAUUUCAAGUUUUUAAUUACUCUUUUAAUAAAUUACGAAUAUGGAUACUUGGAGUUGGAAAAUCAAAUAAUGAAAAGUUUAACUUCACUGGAUCUAGGUUCAAGUUUAGGAAAACGUUUGUUGGUUGUGAUCCAGAUUCUGUUUGGAAUCAAAAUAUUCCUACCUGUUCAUUAUCAGAUUGGACCAAUGAACAUUUGAUGAUAUUAGCGUAUAAAUAUCAUCUCAAACAACGUACUAGCACACAGGUUAACUGGCAAAAACUGUUUCAGAACUGGAUAUUACACGAACAUACCAUUAUUGAAUUACGAUUAGCUUUACGAAUCUUAUAUUCAAAAGAAUAUGUAAUAG